AUGUAUUCUUUAAGGCAACUUGCACAGAGAGCGCCAAUAGCUCUGAGAACAGCUUUAAAACAGUCAUCUUGUCUUGUAAUCAAGCAACAGUUGCGUCAUUUUAUUAAGCCAAGUUUGGUUUAUCCUUUCAAUUCCAAAUCGAGCUCUUUUACUGCUGUUAAUGUUAACAAACAAACUCAAAAUAGCACCAGAUUCUAUAGUGUGUUAACAGAAACACAAGAGGCUAAAAUAUAUGAUUACAAUAAGGUUAAGGAUAUUGCAUCCAACCCUCAAAACCACCCAGACUCAAUCUUGAUUGAUGUAAGGGAGCCUGUUGAGUUUAGUGACGGACACAUUCCAGGUGCGAUUAACAUCCCAUUCAAAAGCAGCCCCGGUGCUUUAGAUUUAAACCCUGAAGAGUUUCAAGAAAGCUUUGGGUUUGAUAAACCAGAUAAGGAUAAAGAGUUGGUUUUCUAUUGUCUCGGUGGCGUGAGAUCUACUGCAGCUGAGGAAUUAGCCAAUACUUUUGGUUAUAAAAAAAGAGGUAAUUACUUGGGAAGUUACGAAGACUGGUUAUCCCACGAAAACAGUGUGAAAGACAAAGCAUAG